AUGGGGAUCACGACCUACACCGGCGCCGGCGGGGAGAAGACGGACGUGUACAUGGUGGAUACCACCACCGCAGCGGACGCCACCCGUCUUGUCAAGGCCACCUUCGCUGAGGCCGACGAGACUCUGAGGAACGUCGUGCCCCUGGAGUCGCGCGGCGGUCUCGUCCUUGUUCGCAAUAACACGCAUCAUCAGCGACAGCUGCUCGUGUGCAACCUGGCUACUCGUCGCUGCCUAGCCCUCCCGCCGGAACCGGCGUUCCCGGAUUCCGUCUGGAGUACGGGCAGCGUUACGUAUGUUCUGCUCGUCGGCAGCAGCGACGGCGAGGGUGCCGGUGCCGACGCCGCCGUCGGCCGGCCUUUCCAAGUGCUCAAGGCGAAGCUAGUGCUGUCACAGUACUGUUCUUACCGUCGCCUGCUGAUGCACACCUUCUCGUCCGAGCACGGCGCAUGGUCCCCGCUCACGGACAUCCCGACUCCUAACCUACACGGGAGCGGCAACCGGUCGUCGCACCUCAGGCCGCUGGUCAUCGGCGACGUCGUUCACUGGCUGUGCCUGACGGACAGCGGGAGCUACAUACUCAUGCUCCACGUGGGAGCGGCGCGGGUGAAGGUGACGUCUCUCCCGGCGAGCUUCCCCCGCGACAGCAAGAACAACCAUCCGUACAACGAUCAUCGGUACCUCUUGGCGACGGCUUCGGCGGGCGGGAACCCCGUCGUGCUCGUCGCCGACACCGACAAGAUAUCCGCCUGGGAGCAGUCGAAUCACACCAAGAUGUGGAAGUCGCGGCCGCAGGUGGUGAUAGAGAACGAGACGAUCCUGGGGUUCAAGGACGGUGGCCUGGCCGAGCUGAUCGAGAAGGAGAGGAGGUGGUGGAAUAGGAAGCAUGUUCCUGAGCUAUUGUGGUUUGAUUCGCCACUUAGCACGACCUACGAGGGCGGCAGGGGGAAGACCACCGUGUACCUGGUGGAUACCACCGCGGCGGACACCACCCGUCUCGUCGAGGCCACCUUCGCCUCAGCCGCCGCUGAAACCAAGACGUUAACGGGCCCGUUGCCCGUGGACUCACGCAGCGGCCUGGUCCUCAUCCGUGCCACGGCGACUACUAGUCCCCCGUGGCAGCAACGCCAUGACCAGCAUCAGCUGCUCGUGUGCAACCCGACCACCGGUCGCCGCCUGGCCCUCCCGUCGGAACUGGAUUUCCCGCCACAUAUUAGCUACAAUCCGGAACAGUACGUCCUGCUCGUCGGCGACGGAUACGACGGCGAGGUAGGUGACGGCGCCGGCGCCGCCGUCGACCGUCCUUUCCAAGUGCUCAAGGCGAAGCUAGCGUUGUCGAAUAGCAACCGUCGGCUGAUGGUCCAUACCUUCUCGUCGGAGCACGGCGCGUGGUCGCCGUUCAUGGAGAUCCCAACACCUAACAUACACGGGAGGUGCAUGUGCCGCAUAUCGCUGCAAAAGGUCCUGGUCGUCGGCGAUGUCGUGCACUGGCUGUGCCUGACCGACGUCGGGAGCUACGUGCUCAUGCUCCACGUGAGAGUGGCGCGGGUUGGCCCAGCAGCCAGUGACACCGACGAGCGACCCGACCCCGGUGGCGGCAUGGAGGCUAGCCGGCUCGGUGGAGGCGGCCGCGACAAGCGGGCAGUGCGGCCAAGAGGAGGGCGGCGGAGACACAAGGCAGCGGCGUGCCUCCCGCUCGACGUCAUCGUGGAGAUCGCGGCGCGCUCCGACGCGGCCACCCUCGUGCGGUGCGCGGCCACGUGCAGGGGCUCGCGCCGCCGCGUCGCCGAGGACCCAAACCUCCGCGCCCGGCUCCGCCUCCGCGACACCGGCCGGUUCCUCCUCCCGCUCCUGCGCGGCCACCUGGCGGGGAUGGACACCCACGACGACGACGGCAACGAGAAGACCGACUUGUACCUGGUAGCCACCACGGCGGCGGACACCACCCGUCUCGUCAGGGCCACCUUCGCCGAAACCGAGACAUUGAGGAGGGACGCCGUGCCCGUGGACUCGCGCGGCGGCCUCGUCCUCGUUCGCGCCACAGCGACGUCUCAGGCUCACCCGUGGCAACGGCAGCAUGACCAGCUGCUCGUGUGCAACCCGGCCACCCGUCGACGCCAGGAUCUCCCGCCGGAACCGGCGUUCCCGCCGCAUGCUGGCCAGAGUACGGAAGUAAAAAACCCUUACUACCGUCGCCUGAUGGUCCAUACCUUCUCGUCGGAGCACGGCGCGUGGUCCCCGCUCACGGAGAUCCCGACGCCUAACAUACACGGGAGGUACAUCUGCUGGGCAUCGCGGCGAAAUGUCCUGGUAGUCGGCGACGUCGUGCACUGGCUGUACCUGACCGACGUCGGGAGCUACGUGCUGAUGCUCCACGUGAGAGCGGCGCGGGUGAGCGAGACGGCUCUCCCGGCGAGCUUCCCCCGUGGCGACGCCCCCGGGAGACGUAGCUACCUCUUGGCGACGGAUUCGGCUGGAGGGAGCCCGGUCGUGCUCGUCGCCGACGCCGAGAAUAAGAAUAUACGCGCGUGGGAGCAGUGCAAGCGCACCAAGACCAAGUUGUGGAAGGCGCGGCCGCAGGUGGUGAUAGAGAGGGAGGCAAUCCUGGGGUUCAACGACGAAGUGAAGGAGGCCGUCCUGCGGUGCAACGACGACAUGGUCAAGAUCUUCGGGAGGGAAGGAGGGACGAGGAGGACGAGGACCAUGUGUGGUCCUGAGCUAUUGUGGUUCGGAGAGAGGAGCGGCGCCGUGCUCCUCGAGACUCAUGGCUGCUGUUUGCUCUGGAUGGGUCUGCACCCCAAGAAGAUUGUCAGGUGCUUCUCUUCGGAACGUCGGUUGUCAUACAAAGUGUAUUGUCCCUGCGAGGUGGAUCUUUCGUCUUGGGUGCCAACCUUCAGCAGUGCUGUUACCAUUUGA